CAUUAGAUGAUAGUGAUAAGUUUUUCAUGUAUGUAGUUCAUAUGUUUUAAUCGCUGUUUAUUGUUAUUAAGUGCUGUGCAUAGUAUCUUAGUAAUUUUACUUUUAUGAACCCGCCUUAAAGCAAUUAGAUGUGGGGUAUUUUAAAAUCAAUGAAUCGACUUGAAUUCGUAAGUCCCAACCCAUAAGUUUGGAAUAACUAGACUAUGAAUGUCUGCUUAUUACUCAGUUUUUAAAAUAAAAAUAUCAAUAGUCAAUAUACAAUAGAAAUGUAUUUUUUUUGUUUAAUGAGUUUCACGGUUAUUUUAUUAUACAUUUAUGCGCAGACGAAUACGCUAUUAAGGCAAUUUCGUAUAAUGUUUAUGAAUGAUUGUUUCUAUCUCUCUUUUUAACUCGGUUUUUGACGUCCGAAUCAUAAUGCAAUUAGCAACGACCAUAAUUAAUACAACGCAUGUGAUUUUACCGAUUUCCAAUGUUUACACUAUUCGAUGUUUAACCGUGAGAUGACGUUGCACACUUCACCACAGUUUACAAAUUUGAUUGUUAUAACGAUCUAUGAUAUUUUAAAAACAGAUUGUAUUUCUAAGCUGUGAGCCAGUGAAUUGAUAUAAUAAAUUGCAACAUUUACAAUGUAAAUGUUCAUAAAAUUAUGUCCGACUGCUGUGUUUGUUAUCCUUCGCGUUUAACCUUAAAGUAUUUAUACCGCGCCGCUGUUGCGUUCGAAACAUGUAUUUGUAAUAAUAUAAAUUGACAUACAAGGCAAAAAAUAUUUGACACAAAUUUUAUUGAUCUUGUCAAAGCAAAACCUAGAUGUGUUCAAUACCAAAGGCAGAUGCCUUGAAUUCAUUUACACGAUGUCCUGGACUGUACUGUGGAAGGGAACUGUUACCUGAUGGGAACUGGACAGAUUGCGGUGCAUGUCCUAGAGGAUUUAGGGCAAAUACUUCUUCAAUAUGUGUGCCUUGUAACGAUGAACCUAUGUUUUAUGACUGGUUGUAUCUUGGUUUUAUGGCAUUGUUAGCUUUAGUGUUACAUUGGUUUUGUAUCGAUAAGGUAUCUAUGCGACGAAAUAUACCUAAGGAAGUGAUAGCAUUGUAUUUGUCUGCCUUAUUCGAGGUUGUCGCUGCAUCACUCAUCACUUUGCAAGUAACUGAACCUAUAAGUACUUUCAGAAUUACAUCAUGUAGAGCUACUAAACUCUCAGACUGGUAUACAUUGUUGCAUAAUCCUAGCCCAAAUUAUGAAGAAUCUCUACAUUGCACACAAGAAGCUGUUUAUCCAUUGUACACAAUGGUCUUUAUUUUUUAUGCUCUAGGAAUAGCUAUUAUGUUAUUGAUAAGACCAUUAAUAGCUAAGAAAUUUUUACCAGUCCAAGGGAAAUUUUCAAUUUAUGCUGCUCUUUACUUUUAUCCAAUUUUAGCAUUGCUUCAUGCAGUUGGUGGUGGUCUGAUAUAUUAUUCAUUUCCACAUAUAACAAUAAUAUUAUCUGUUUUAUCUAAUGCAGCACACUUUGCAUUUAAAUUAAAUCAGACAAUGAAAUCAUUAUUGGUGAGUUCUGUAUCGAAUAUGAAGAAUGUGAUAGUUAUUCUAGGUCAUUGGCUCUUACACGGAUACGGUAUCGUUUCCAUCGCGACUUUGUACGGUCUCAACAUUCAUCCAGCGAUGCUUGCUCUAGUUCCGUUACCUGCGUUAUUUUAUAUUCUUACAGCCAGAUUUACAGAUCCAGAAAAACUGCAUACCGAAUAAAUAUUGUUCUAAAAAUUGAGUACCAACAUAAUUGCACAAAAUAUAAUUAUCUUUAAAAAUAAUAUAAUGGGAAAAUCAUAACACUUCAUGUCUUUGCUAUAUGCAUAUUUAAUUAUACACACUUGCAGUUGGCAAAAAGAAUACAUGAUUGGAUUAAAUAAAUGCCAUUACAUAAAUAUAUUAAACAAGUGGUUAUGCUUGAUAAAUAGAAUGGUUCAUCACACAGCGAUUAACUUAAUUCUUUGGCACAAAUGUUAGAACAACAGUGCUCUUUCCAGAUAUAGGAACCUUGUUAGAGGACAGCUUUGUUCUGAAACAAAGGAUGAACGUAUUAUACAAUAAUUAUUUUUUAUUGUUUCGAAAAGUAAAAGAAAUACAUAGUUGUAUAGUAAUUUACCUUAUUGUUUCACCCUCUUGUACAUAAUUAGGGCUGUGUGCUACCACACUGACUUCAGACGAAACUUGUGGUAAUGUAGACAAAUCCACUACUGUGGGUUCUUCUGCUGUUUGAUAUGCUACUAAGUAGCCAGGAUUGCCACUCUUCAACCUAAACAUUUAAUUAUAAUUGUAAUAUUAAUUUAAUAAUUUGACAAUAAACGAAGAAAAACAAUUAAAGCAAUUAAUUAGAUUAAUUUACAUGUAUACUUGGUUAAUUAAAACGAAGAUUAUUACACAAUUAUUUCUACAAAAGAUGGAUUUCAUGCAAUAUGUUAAUAAGUUAGAACUCACCAGCUCCUGUGUAGUAUAGAAGGAAGCGUGAAACAUGGUAAAUUAAUCUUUGGUUAGCAAAUUACAUAAUACAUUUUUGUAAGGUGUAUGUUACUUAAGCUCUAGGUAUUAUUGUUAAACGAUAAUUCUAAUGUUUGUAGCAAUUGAAAUCUAAAUCGGUAUAAUAUUUUUCUUAUGUAUGAAUAAAUUUAAUUAAGUCAAUUCUACCUCUUAAAAAUAGUUAAUGUUAUCUAUAAAGAUUUAAUUUAUGUUACUCCUUAUUAUUAAGUUAUAAAGAAAAUGUAGUGCAUGUGAUGAAUAAUUUUGAAUAUUAAUAGUCAAUUUUUUACAUUACCUUGUGUACGCAAAUACUGUUCCGUUAACAGUCCGAGGUAACGUCUCUCCAUAAAGGAAUGUUACACUCUCACGUGCUUUGGAUAAAGUUGCAAAUGCAUCCUUUGCAGAUAAAGUAUCGUUUAAGGUGAGUAUUGGAGUACCAGGCAAAAGUAAAGUCAUGAGCGUUAAACUGUCUGCUAUAUCUGCAGGCAUUCUCUGUCUCAAAGUAUUUCUUUUACCAUUGAGCUGAAAUGUGUAUACAAGAUUAUAAACUAAGGAUCACGAUUGAAAUCUUAUCGACAGAUAUCACAGAAACUUACAUCCCAAGCAGGCCAUGAAGUGAAUUCUAGCCAAUGCGAGAUACCUUUAUGUAAAGUUGUGGAAUUUAUACUACUAUUAGCAGUUAUAAGAAACUGAGAACUUUGUGGGAUGUCGAUCAGUCUUUUCUUCUCAUUGUAAACUUGUAAAAUAUCAGUUCCAAUGUCAUCUUGAAGAGCAAACAAUCUGGCAAAAAAAUAUUGUAAUUAUAGAUUUGUUAUAAAAUGCGUUUAGUAAGCGCAAUAG